AUGUCUACCUCCCUUCCACCUGAAGUUCUCAACCACGAUGAAGGUCCGUCGCUGGUUGUCGUGAGUGCCGUGUCGAUUCCUUUUGCUCUCGGCAUCGUCGCUGUCCGAGUAUGGGCCCGACAUCGAAAACAGAUGGCCCUCGAGCGUGAUGAUUGGAUGAUAUUAGCAUCACUGCCUCUACUAUGGGGCACUGCUGCAGUUGCAAUCGCAUCUGUGUACUUUGGUGGAGUUGGGAAACCACUGGCAGUCAACAUGAUGCAAGAUCCAAGUCGUCUUGGAAGGGCUCAACUGUGCCUUUUCUUGACAGAAUUCGUUUACGGAACGGUACUUUGCACGAUAAAAGCCGGCAUACUUCUCAUGUACUACCGCAUAUUCCCCACGCGAUCCAUGAAGAUUGGAGGAUACGUCCUGGGUGGCCUCACAUUCGCCUGGUGGAUAGGCGUAGUCUUUACCUCCAUCUUCCAAUGCACGCCAGUCGACAAGGCAUGGAAGCCCUUUAUGGAGGGCGGAGAAUGUCUCGACAAGAAUCGCUUCUUCAUCGGAAACUCUAUUCCGAAUAUUGUGAUGGAUGCCAUGAUUAUUGGGCUGCCAGUUUUCGAAGUCUCCAAGGUUCAAGUGCCGCGGUCUCAAAAGAUUGCCAUCGCUGGCAUUUUCCUGCUUGGUGGACUUAUUGUGAUAAUCAGCUCCAUCCGCUUGAAAUACAUCAUGGGCCUUCUUCAAGCUGGGCCUCAAGCCGAUUUCACCAAACUCAUCUCAACGCCAUGGAUAUGGACGGUCAUCGAACCGACCGUUGGCCUUCUCUGUGCAUGUUUACCAACUUUUCAACCGCUGAUGUACGUUUUAUUUGGCCGCUUCAUCACUAGAGCCACUCAGGACCGCAGCAAAGAGGGAAUCGUCACUAUCGGCGGCAGUGGCUCCAAGCAGCUAGAUAGACAGAAGGUCCCUGCAAAGGAUGGUCCCUUUCGCAGACUCCAUGAUAACGACUCGGCUGAGGAACCUGUUCUUUGGCCUCAGACGUAUCACAAUGAACAGAACACGGUGGUGGAGCAUGCUAAGGGUGGGGAUGUUGAGGCUAUUCCUCUUGGUUCAAUCACUGUACAUAAAGAUGUGAAGUGGGAAGAGUCACGGUAG